AUGAAUAGUCUGAUCCGCGAUGCCCCACUGGGGCAAGUGAUUCGAUGGGUGACCAAGAAGAAGUACUUCAAAUACCCCGAAGAAGAGGCAGACUUUCUCGCUGAUCAGGACCCAGAAAAGCUUCUGGACAAACCAAUUCCGGAUGAUAAGAGCGAGGCUGACACGCUGCCCCCGGAUUUCGUGAUGGUGGAUUGGUACGGGCCGGACGAUCCAGCGAAUCCCCAGAACUGGACUCAGACGAAGAAGGCAUUUGUGGGGUUUAUCAUAUUUCUCUACACGUUCAUUGUAUACGCAGGGUCUGCGAUUUAUGUCUCGUCUGAGGAGGGGGUCAUGGAGGAGUUCGGCGUUUCCACCACGGCGUCUGCGCUGGGGCUGUCACUGUAUGUGUUAGGGUACGGAGUGGGGCCUCUCUUUUUCUCUCCACUGUCGGAAGUCCCGUCCAUCGGGCGUUCCCCGGUCUACUGCAUUACUAUGUUCUUGUUUGUGAUCAUCUCCAUUCCGCUGCCACUGGUCCACAACUUCGGAGGACUGCUGGUGCUCCGCUUCUUGCAGGGCUUCUUCGGAAGCCCUUGUCUGGCUACGGGCGGGGCGACGAUGCAGGACAUCUACUCGUUGCUCUACCUACCCUUCGCACUCAGUGCCUGGGUCACUGCAGCCUACUGCGGACCCGCUCUAGGCCCGUUAAUCUCGGGCUUUGCCGUCUCCGCCAUGGGAUGGCGAUGGUCGCUGUGGGAGAUCCUGUGGGGAGCCGGCCCCGUCUUCAUCCUCAUGUUUCUUCUGCUGCCCGAGACCUCCACCCCUACGCUGCUCCAUCAACGAGCCCGUCGUCUGCGCAAGCUGAUCGGGUCCAGCCAUCUUAAAUCGCAGUCAGAGAUCGUCCAGGCCCAGCUGAAACCGUCCGCCAUCAUCAUCGACGCCAUCAUCAAGCCCAUCGAAAUCACCAUCAAGGACCCGGCCAUCCUCUUCGUGCAAGUCUACACAGCCAUCGUCUACGGCAUCUACUACUCUUUCUUCGAGGUCUUCCCCCUCGUGUACCCGCCCCUCUACAACUUCACCCUCGGCACAAUCGGCCUCGUCUUCCUCUGCGUCCUCGUCGCCUGCCUCCUAGCGGUAGCCAUCUACUUCGCCUACCUCCUCUACUACCUCAUCCCACAACUGCUACGAGGGGUCCCGAAAACCCAAGAAAGCCGGCUCGUCCCCGCGCUGAUUGGGUGCUUCGGCCCGCCCAUCGGCCUGUUCUUGUUUGGGUGGACGGCCAACCGCCACAUCCACUGGAUCGUGCCCACGAUCGGCAUCACCAUCUACGGCAGCUCGGCGUUUAUCGUCCUGCAGUGCGUGUUCGUCUACGUGCCCAUGUCGUACCCGGCCUACGCGGCAAGUCUCUUCGCGGCCAACGAUUUCUUCCGGUCGGCCAUGGCGUGCGGGUCCAUCCUGUAUGCGCGCCCCAUGUUUCUGAAUCUGGGGAUCGGGAAGGGGGUGAGUUUGCUGGGAGGGUUGAGUACGUUGGGCGUGAUUGGGAUUUUUGUGCUGUAUUGGUAUGGGGCGAAGUUGCGGGCGAAGUCGAAGUUUGCGAUCUCUUGAGUGCGGUGCGGUGGGGUUGUUUUGGGGUGGGG